UUCCAACUCCUCCUUUUCUUUGUGUACUCCGCCAACCCUCUCUCUCUCUUUAUUUAUCCAAUAAUAUCAUUCACGCCCCUCCCGCCCCUCCUUUCCCAAAAUAUCACCCAUACCCCUCGCCCCUAAAUCUAUAUACCCAACCCUGGCCCCCGCAUUAUGAACGGCACCGUUUCGGCCCUCACUUCUCGGCGCCACAAACGAGCCGCCGCCGCCGCCACAAACGGCCCCACCCCUACCGCCGCCAUGUCCAAGAAGCUCCUCCCCGUGCACGGCUGCGGCAACAAGGCCUCCUUCAUGACGUGGACGGUGCAUGACGCCGUCCACGUCGCCAAGCACCACUGGAUACCCUGCUUCUUCGCAAUGGGCCUCCUCUUCUUCAUGGGCGUCGAGUACACGCUCCGCAUGGUGCCCUCCUCCGCGCCGCCCUUCGAUGUCGGCUUCGUCACCACGCGCUCCCUCCACCUCCUCCUGGCCUCGAGCCCCCAGCUCAACACAUUGCUCGCUGGCCUCAACACGGUGUUUGUGGGAAUGCAGACAACGUAUAUAUUGUGGACGUGGCUAAUCGAGGGCCGUCCAAGAGCCACCAUCGCCGCCCUAUUUAUGUUCACUUGCCGGGGAAUCCUUGGUUACUCCACCCAACUUCCGUUGCCUCAGGGAUUUUUGGGGUCGGGAGCAGACUUCCCGGUUGGGAAUGUAUCAUUUUUCUUGUUCUACUCCGGGCAUGUAGCAGGGUCUGUGAUUGCAUCCCUCGACAUGAGAAGAAUGCAGAGGUGGGAAUUGGCAUGGACAUUUGAUGCAUUAAAUGUGUUGCAAGCUGUGAGAUUGUUAGGGACUAGAGGACACUACACAAUAGACUUGGCGGUUGGGGUUGGGGCCGGUAUUCUCUUUGAUUCUCUGGCAGGGAAGUAUGAAGAAAGCAAGAGACUAAAUUCAAAAGUAGCUUCAACUACUAGUAAUGGUGCCAAAGAGGCUUUGUUUCCAUUAGCAGAUUAGUUUUGGUAGGAAUAUGAGUGUUUUUAAUGAAGUAAAGUCUCAAUCCCAUGAAGGAGAUCGAGUAGUUGGGUGUUUAAAACUGUACAGAGACUCAGAGAGCUCUUAAUGAGGCUAUGAGUUGUGGCUGAUCUAGGUCUUUUCUUUUUUACUCAAUUUUCAAUCUACUUCA